AAGCGUGAAUAAGCUUUUUACAUUGUGGUGUUACGCGCUCUUAUCGGUUUGAAUAAGUCGCCGUUUUUCUCGGAGUGAAAAGUAGGUUGAUAAGACGUCGGCGUGCAGACGUAGGUAUGCUCUCCUUCCCAGCUGACGAAUCAUUCAUGGACAGUCAACAUUUCUAAUAUAUUCAGACACAGAAAUGCGCGCGGACAUGGCCUACAUAUUUACAAUAACGGUCCUCGAGCUCGGGUUAGCAGAAAGCCCGCUGUUUCCCUGUAAACAAAAGGACUAAGAGGAUUUAUCGGGGUGCUGUGUUCCCGUCAGAAGCCCACCGUCACUUCCAGAUACAACCAAGAUUAGUAUCUGUGUCGCCCACCAUGUAGGUCUGAAACCGCCCCCCGAGGCUGUGCACGAGCUGCUUUGCUACUCGUUUACACAUCAAUAUGGUCGCGAGCACUGAUGAAGAGAAGAUAAGGUCCCUCCAGUUCAGCAGAAUGAAUAUGUAUGCUGUCCCCAACCCUGGGAUACCAGGCUGCCCUCCAGGGUUAGAAUACCUCACUCAGGUGGAUCAGCUUCUCAUCAAACAGAAAGUGGAGCUUGUUGAAGCUCUUGUUGGUUUUGAGAGCAACAACAAAUAUGAAGUGCGUAAUAGCAUGGGCCAGAAUGUGUUCUACGCCGUGGAGGAGAACGACUGCCUGAGCAGACAGUGUUGUGGUCCCAUGCGCUCCUUCACCAUCCACGUUCUGGAUAACUUCGGACAGGAAGUUAUCACCAUUACAAGGCCGCUGAAGUGCAUGUCCUGCUUCUUCCCUUGUUGUCUACAAGAGCUGGAGAUUCAGGCUCCUCCAGGUAACACAGUGGGGUACGUUAUACAACAGUGGCACCCGUUCUCCCCUAAGUUCAUCGUAGCAAAUGAAAACAACGAGCCUGUGCUGAAGAUCCACGGGCCCUUCUGUGGAUGGAGCUGCCUUCCAGAUGUUGACUUUGAGAUUUUGACGAUGGAUGAGGUCAGUAAAAUCGGUAAGAUCAGCAAGCAGUGGACAGGGCUUCUUCGGGAAGUGUUCACAGAUACAGACAACUUUGGGAUCCAGUUCCCCAUGGAUUUAGAUGUGAGAAUGAAGGCUGUAAUGAUCGGAGCAUGUUUUCUAAUCGAUUUCAUGUUCUUUGAGACAACUAACUAGGAGGCAAGCUGGAUAUCCAUGUGAGCAUACAACAUUCCUGGAAGAACAAGGCCGCAAAGCCAUAAUGAUCAGUCCCAAACACAGAGCAGCCACCAAGCAGAUAGUUAAAAGAAAGCACCUAAAUGUUUCAUUUCUGCAUGAACAAAGAAAUAGAAGGUUUAAGACUUGGGCUGGUUGUUUUGACAUGAUGCAGAGCUGUGAGGGCACAGUGCAGUGUUUGAGGACUGUUUUCUUUGUGUUUACAUCAUGAGCCCAUCUGGGUACAGAAACCUUUGUUAUAAGAAGAAAAAACUCAAAAAGAAGCCUAACAUCAGUAUUAAAGUGAUGAACAAGCACUGUUAGAGUUUGUAAGAGUCAUUAGUAUAUGAAGGGGAUAAGCCACACUAGUUUUUCCUGUUUAUAAUCAAGAUAAUGAAUAUAGAACAAUAUACUUGUAGCUAUAUUGUGCAAGAACUCAAGGAUUCAUAUGCAGUAGUUUGCAGCACUCUUCUUAUUUAUUGUUUUGUAUUUUGUUGUGUUUACAGUUUAUAUAGAGCAAUGUGUGCGCACUGCUUUGUGUGAGCAUAACUGUGUGCUAAUAGUGAGCCCAUGUGUGUGAUUCAAACUAACACAAAACUAUCGUAGGAUACUUCAAUGCCGUAGUAAUGAUGCAUUGUGAAUUCUGUCGGGUUUUCCCAUGGAGCUGAUGGGGUGUAUGGACCCAGUCUCAGCCACAAGAGGGAGCUAGCUUUUCAUGUCAGAACCAUCCGACACAGCCCAAAUGGAUGAACACAAAAUAAGCUCUUGCCAUAGAUUUUGACUUAACUAUGAGUUUCAGAUGAUAUUGUAUAUUUUUGAUAAACUCAGGUUGAUGCAUGCUACUGUAUGAGGGUGUUGGCUUGUUCUGGCUCUGGGAAUUACACACAUGCACCUGAUACUAUGAAGGUAGAGUCAUAUUUUAGAGGUUUUAUAAAUUAAAUCAUGUGAAUAUUAAUAUUUUACGAGCAUUUCAUGGUGUGUAAACUGGCAAAUCAGAACCGAGAGGAAAUUUGUGCUGAUACAGAUGUGCACCGGUUUUAAUUGUAACACACUUUAAUGGUUUUGGCAAUCAAUCCAAUUUGUAAUGUAGCAAAGAUAUCCAUUUUUUUUGUACCAUCAUGAUAAAAAAGAGUGUUUUUCUCCACAUAUUAGACAUCUGUAGUUCUGGAAAACAGGGGAAAAUAUCCAUUUGAGUAGUUUUUAACCAAUUUAAAGUCUUAAAAAGCUUUAUUUUUGUAAAAAGUAUGAUCAACUGUCAAUUGAAAAAGUCAAUGCUUUCAA